CGUGACGCAGAUCCAUCCUCCAUCACUAGACGAGCCCGGAGCCCGGAGCCAAGCCCACCGACAGCACACACCAGCCACAAAUAAAAACCGAGCUUCCACUCUCCAUGGAAAUAUGUAGUUAAUACAAUCGGGUACAUCUCGCUAAAAGGGGGUUUGACGGAGCUGUCAGAGCCGUUAAAUGGUAACGUUACCAUGGGAGGCCAUGAUGAUGACAUGCCAUAUUUAGUAAAUAAACAAAAGCAAGAUGAGGAGCUGAAGAAUAAGCUGAAUGACAGCAGCCACUGGGGUGACCAGGAGUCCACUGGGAACAAUGCCAAAUGGGUGAAGGAAGGCCAGAACCAGCUGAGGAAAGUAGCCGAGAACCAUCAGGACCAGGACCACAACUGUAACAUCAACCAGAAUGGCAACAAGGAGGACUUCCCUCUCCAGAACACCACUCAGGAAGAACAGCAGGGAAACGAGGAGCAGACAAAGUCUCCCAAAACAGUAAUGACCCCCGGCCUCAUUGACGAGGAGUCCAAGAACAUCCUUAAUGAGCCACUACUCAUUGACACUCUGGAGUCCACAGAAGAGAAAGAGCGGGAGGAAGAUGACAAGGAGAAGGAGGAGAAAUCGGAGGAGGAUGAAGAGACGUCAAGUGUCACUACAGGUGAGAAAGACGCAGAGGAGCUAAAUAACCUGGAGUCUCAGAGAGAGGGCGGUGUUGUGGGGAGGAAUGCCUGCCUUCUGUUCUCCAAUGUGAACGGAGCACCAAGUGAUGAAGAGUCCAGCUGGCCGGCCCUGUCCCAGGACAACACAGCUGACAGCACUCCCAAUGGCAACAGAGAGUCCUUCUGGGACUCGAAUGCUUUUGAGACAGACACAGACUUGCCCUCAGGUUGGAUGCGGGUGCGAGACACAUCAGGCACCUACUACUGGCACAUCCCCACAGGAACCACCCAGUGGGAGCCUCCCUCACCCCUCGGCAAAGUUUCUGACUCCAUAAUGUCCUCCAGUAUGUCCCUGGAGACAACACCCUGUGAGGAGCCUGAGGAAUCUUGGACUCACCUUUCCAACCCAGAUGAAGAAGCUGGUGAUGGGGAACUGUGGAAGGAGGGAGAGGUGGCUUCUGACCAAAGCCUGAAGGAGUUUGAGGGGGCGACUCUACGCUAUGCAUCCAUCAAUCUGAACUACAAUUGCGCCCAGUCUGAGGAGGAAGAAAAUCUCACUCCACUCUGCACAGACUUAGAAUCCAAGUGUUUUGCGGUGCGCUCUUUGGGCUGGGUAGAGAUGUCUGAGGAGGACAUGGCACCGGGGAAGAGCAGCGUUGCUGUCAACAAUUGCAUCAGGCAGCUUUCUUACCACAAACACAACCUUCAUGACACUGCUGGCAUCUGGGGAGAGGGUAAGGACAUGCUGAUGGUCCUGGAGAACGACACCAUGAACUUGAUUGACCCACGGGGCCAGACUCUGCUGCAUACUCAGCCAAUUGCCAGUAUCCGUGUGUGGGGUGUUGGCAGAGACAACGGCAGGGAAAGAGAUUUUGCGUAUGUGGCUCGAGACAACCUGACCCAAGUUCUGAAGUGUCACGUUUUCCGCUGCGACUCGCCUGCCAAAAACAUCGCCACCAGCCUGCAUGAGAUGUGCUCAAAGAUAAUGACCGAGAGAAAGGCCUCCAAGCCGGGGGUGAGCAGGCUCAACUCUGAUCCGAGUAAACCUAUGGGCAUCCCUGUCGAAGAGUUUCCUGCUCCAAAAAAUGAACUCUUUCAGCGUUUCCAUGUCUAUUAUCUUGGUAAUGAACCUGUGGCCAAGCCAGUAGGUAUGGAAAUAGUCAAUGAAGCUCUGGAGAGAGCAAUGGAUGGCAAAGAUAAACAAGACUGGACUCCUGUCUCUGUUAAUGUCGCCCCUGCCACUCUUACAAUACUGUCAAAACAGACAGAGGAGGUGCUGUCCGAGUGCAGGGUGCGCUUCCUGUCUUUCAUGGGUGUGGGGAAGGAUGUCCACACCUUUGCCUUCAUCAUGGCUGAGGGCCCCAGGGAUUUCAUAUGUCACAUGUUUUGGUGCGAGCCCAACGCCGCCAGUCUGAGCGAGGCCGUGCAGGCCGCCUGCAUGCUUCGCUACCAGAAAUGUUUGGAUGCACGUCCCCCCAGCCUGGCCUCCUGCUUGCCCACACCUCCCGCUGACUCUGUGGCUCGACGGGUGAAGAAGGGGGUGCAGAGCCUGCUGGGAAGCUUCAAGAGCUACAGGUCAGGCUCUCAGUCCCCUUGAGGAGGAGAGACGAUCCACAACCCAGUAAGCACCAGGUCCAUCACAGCAGCCCCUUCUCACUCCCAAGUCUCUCCAUCUCUUCUUGUCCUCCCGUUCACUAUUUCGCCUUACACAACCCUUUCACGUGUCUAGUCACUAGUCUACUGUGUGGAGAGUUGUUACUUGGGAAAAUGUGUGACUGAAAAGAUUGCUUUUAUUUUCUUUUAUCUUUUGCUUUUUAUAAUUGUAUCUUUAGCUCUCAGCUCCAAAUGAAUGAGCCCCAAUGCCUAUCUUUUUGUGUUUGCUGGGAUUCUCUCUGUGAGUCUAACUAUUUUUGUGUUUUAACAGAAACCACACUAGGAAUGUUGGAUAUGGAUGUAAUAUAUUUUACAAGCAAAUGUUAGAAAUUGCUUGACAAAGAGGUUGCUAGAUUCUCUCACAGAUACGGGCUCUUCCCCUUUUCCUCAUCAGUGCAAUUAUCCUUCUCAAACACUCCUCCUUUUCUACUGUCUACAGAUGGUAUUGCAAUUGUCAGGCAGAGUGGCAAGUAUCCUAAUAUUGACUUUACAAAACGUCAUUCACCUCUCAGUCUGCACAACUUAGGCUGUAAUACUACCCCUGUAGGAGCCUAAGAAGUGUGCACCAUAGUUGUAUGUACCCAACCCUCCCAAAUAAUGUAUUUUAGUCUUCCAAAGAAUUAUACGAUCAUCUGUCACGUAGUGAGUAACCACUGAUUUGAGUGUAGUGGUGUUUCUCAUACAUUCUGCAUGAACAUUUGCAAGUUCAGUGCUAGUGUGCAAUAAUCAGACGUUCCUGUACGGUGUGGUGAUACGAUGGCUGUCGAGCUGCCACGUAAUUAUUAGCUCACUUAAGUUUCAAGGGUCUGCUAGAUUUGGUGCUGCUGGAGCAACAGCGCCGUGGUGAAAAUUGUCAUCUGGUGAUGGAAAUAAUAGUAAUAAUAUCCAAACUCUGGGUUCUCCACCAGAGUGAGUUAAACACAGCCAUUUACCACCACCACUACUGAAUAGUACUGUAGAACCUCACCACAAGCUGCAUGUUUUAAUAGCUUAGAGUUAUUGCUGCUUGCAGCAGUUUAGUGCUUAAGACCCAUUAAUGUAUCCUAGUAGAUUCUGUAUGUGCUUCUGUAUGGUAAGGGGAAGCUGGAGUUGAUGUGUUGUUUCGUGUUUCUUAGGCAUGUCACUCUAGUUAGUAUCAGUGUUUAUCAUAAGCUAACAGUAGAAGGUUAGAUUUCACUGUCAGUCCCUUUAGACUGAACAUGAGAGCAGGCCAGUGUCUCCUUUUUUUUUUUUUUUAACACUUUAUGUAUCAGGGAAACCCAGAGAGGUUUUCUCCCAAUGGUUUACAUUUUUCUUUUGUCCUGAUCACAUUUUGAUCCGUUUGGGCCCUGGCCACUCCAGUUAAUGUAUUUUGUAUUGUUUGCAUACACUAAAAUGUACACAACUGAUAUCAUUUCCACUUUAGCUCACUAGAUUUACUUUUUAUAACGAACACAUAAAUUAGCCGAGUUGUAUUUUAUCUUUGCUCUGUGUAUGUCUGUAAUGAAUAUUUAGCACAAUAGUAACAGUCAUCUCUAACUUAUUAAGGAUGCAGUUUGUAAGAUUCUAGGUGAUUUUUAUGUCUGCACGGUAUUUAUAUGGCCAUGUUGUUGCGGCAUUACUAGCCACCUACUUAGCAUCCUCAGGCUAAGGAACACCACUGUAUGCACAGAUAGGCAAAACUACAGCAAAACGUGUCUUCUUAUACAUGACAAAUUCUCCUGCAGUAAAUGUGUCAACAUAAAAAACAAACUACUGUGAAAUACAGGUGUAAAGGAAUGUAUUUACAUAAAACCCAUAUAUACAUACAUAUAAAUUACAUGAUUGUAUUUUUAAAAUGCAUGGUUGAAACAGUGAUUUAGAAACAUCCUUGAACAAAUAAUACUACCCAUUGUGAUGAUAAAAAAACAAAAAAAAAGAACAGGACCUCCAGUGUUUUGUACCUUUUGAGUCUGUCAGGUGCUUAACGAUGUACUCCACUGGUCUUUGAUCGUUGAACACUCUCAUUUGUCCACCAUCAAUACCGACUCUUUCACAAGCUCUAGCAAUGCCUUUCUUCAGUUUUUACAUGCUUGUUGUCUUUGAAAUUCAUCUUUUAAAUGAUAUGUUUUAAAUGAAGCCGUGCUGAACUCAGAAGUACAAACUGCAUACGUUUUUGGCACCUACAAAGUAAUAACAGGCUGUUCUAACUACAUGCAUUGGAAAUAAAGGACACUUGGAUGUAUGCAAGUGUGACUAAAAUAUGUGUGAAAGAGAUCUCCCAUUAGAGCCACACAGUGCUGUGUUUCUGUCUAUCCUCAUCACCAGAUUUUGAAAGCUUCGUAGGACACAAAGUGGUGCUGUAUGAUGACUGGCCACUGACAGAAUAUUUUCAUUCAUGGGUUCCUCUUGAUAUUUGUAACAUUGAGAGGUAACUGAAUGCUUAAAAUCUUACCAGCUGCUUCUUUAAAUAUAUAUAUUUAUAUAUAAUAUAUAUAAAUAAGAUAUAAACACUAAUUAACAUUAGAGUAAACUGAAUUCUCAUAUGUUACUGCCUUGUCACUCAUGUGUCACUUGAAAUUGUGCUUUUUUUUCCCCUCAAAUUUUCUGUUGGUGUGUCCAAUGUCAACACUAAAGCAAGAUGAGUUAUGGAACAGUAGAUUAAUUUAUUUCUGUUCAUGUAAAUUAGGUGUAUAAAAUGUAUGUAUAUAAAGGUCACUGCACAAUAAAUGUGAACAUAUCAUGA